AGUGGUCGCUAUCAUUUUCCAUUUUCAGUACCCGCGACAGGUUCCUCUGUAAUUAUGACAGAAAUAGACGUCAAAGUCUUCGCUCAAAGCACAUUGCUCUGUUUUUCGGUGAGACCUCGUAACUUGAGAUAUUUCCAAGGAAUAUAGCACAUGAAAAUUGACUUUUGUGUAAUUUAUCGUUUGCUGGUGAUUACAGUGGAUAUUGGACUGAGUUGAAUUUUCAUGCGAUCAACUUAACCGCUUGAUCAAUUUAAUUUGUGUGAAAUCAUAUUGAUAAUAAUCCAUAGUUCUGUGGAAUCGUUGGAAUGAGGCUGGGCAUUCUAUCUAGUGGAAUUGACACAAUUUUGGAGAUGGUGAAUCCCAAUCCAUAUACGAUCGUACCAAUGCACGAGCGCCCCGACUUGCUCAAGGAAACUUCCAGACUGAUCAAUUCACAGUGGCCUGCCAGCGAGCGCAGACGAUUACGAACUCUUGAAGCAUCAUGUGAUAACUUCCCGAUAAACUUGCUCCUCCUCAAAGACAACAGAGUCCUCGGUCACUGCCGAAUAUCAAGGAUGCCUUCAAAAGAGGACAGUUGUUUCAUAGAAACCUUUGUCAUCGAUCGUGAAUACAGAUCCCAAGGUCUUGGGUCAAAGCUUCUCCACGCAGCUGGUGAACUCAUGUCCAAGAAGGGAAUAAAGAAUUCAUUCCUCUCAACGAAAGGUCAAGAAAAAUUUUAUUCCAAAAAUGGGUACAAGAUCUGCGAAACUGCAGAUAUAAUGCCAGGAUUGGAUAGAGUUGUCCCGUCACAUCAGCUGCCAUUUAAAAAAAUUAAUCCACUGCCUAAAAUUUCGGGACCACCCCCACCACCAAUGCCCAGAAAUCGUUUCUUACCACAGACGGUGCUGCUGUAUCCCGGAAGAACUCACAUGCUGAAACAUUUAUAGUAUUGUUUAUUUAAAAAUUAUACAUCUACAAAAUACAUAUAUUUUUCUAAAGCAAA